AAUUAUUACAAUAGUUCAAUUGAUUUAUCCUCCAAUUCAAAAGGUCAUCCUAAAACAAAUAGUAGUGAUAUUAAUGUUAAUGAGACUAAUAGUAAUAAUGUAACUGAUCCAACUGAUUCGGAAUUCGAUUAUGAUGACUACAAACCUGAUGGAAAAGGUAAUUUAGAACCUUGUAUUGAUUAUAAUCGGGACAUUUUUUAUAAGUUUUUGAUUCUUCCAUAUCAAUUUGGAAAGAAUAAACAAUUGUACAGAAAUUUCAUAAGUGAAAUCGUAGAGAACAAUGAUAUAGUAGAAUUUCAACAUUUACUUGGUACAAAUUUUACUCAAGAGACUGUUCUUAAUUGGGUCAACACCCAAAAAGACUAUAAUAUAACAUUUGAUCAUUUAGUACUUAUGGAUGGAAACUCUGUCGUAAGCCUUGAAAAGAUUGAAUCUAAUUUAUUCUACAAAAAAGAGGAAGACAAUGACAUUUCUACCAAGUUACCAAACAUUAUCUGGGGUAAUUUUGAGACACCAAUUGCAGAUAAUAUGGUAAUUAUUGGAGCGGAAGCAAUUAAAACAAUCCUAGAAAAUAAAAAAGUUAUAAAAAAUUCCAAAUAUUCAAAUUUAAUAACUCAAGCAUACUUUUAUAACAAAGAAAAUUCACAAAAACUUUCAAAUAAAUUAGAAGCAUUAUUUUUUAUAAAUGAUCAUGAAGAAUUUAUGUUAUGGACGGGAAAAGUAAAUGAUAUUCCUCAAGGUAUUACCAUAGGAGUUGGAAACUUACAAAUGGCAGAUGAUUUCAUUCAAGUUACCGAACGUCUUUCAAUUUCAUAUGUACCAGUUUGUCAUUUUACAACACCAUUAGAAGGAGAACCUAAAAUAGCCGUGGUAACAAGUUCAUCAUUUAUGGACCGAUUUAUUGAUUGUAAAAAAUCAAUAAUAGACAUAGCCUUUGAAUCAGCGGAAAACAAACGAAUAUAUGCCAAAAAACAUGAAUAUCCAUUCAUUCCACUACCAACAUACAGACGUGAAAUGGUAACAUGGGGAAAUUUUGAUGCAAUAAAAAUGACAUUGCCAUAUUAUGAUUGGAUUCUUUGGAUUGAUACUAAUUCAGUUAUUACGAAUUAUAAUGUUUCAGUUUCAGAAUUAAUUAAAAAAUGUUAUUUAAUUGUUGGAAAUAGAAUAGUUGGAGAUGCUAAG